AUGUCUCUCUUCUCCAAGGUCAGGAAGGCGAAGGAAGCAGCCAAGAAUCACCAUAAUUCUACACAUGAACAAACAGCAGAAUAUCAACCUCCACCCGCCUUAUGCAAACAUAUCCCAACACAUGCCGCUCAAGAUACCCAAGCUGCGGGCCUAGCAAUGUGGACUCCCGGAGAAAAAAGGGCUCGAAUUGCCGCUGCAAGAAAGAGGAGGAGCGAGGUGACGGUAUCACUCAACCACUGCCACUCUCCUAGCGAUGUCGGAAUUCUAGCUAGGAAUCGUUCAUGUAUCCAUAAGGCGACUGAAGACGAUAUUUCGAUAGAGUCAGUGAUGUAUAAGCCUCAGCCCCAGAGCUACCAACCAAAAGCGCCCCGCGAUACUUACCAACCCGAGUCGCGAGAGGAGUACCAUGCUUUCUCAAACCCACGAGACGUUCCUGUUCAGCCUCCUCGGAGAAAUUGGCCCUCUUAUCAUCGCCAUGUCAGGAGCAGCUCGUUCAUGACAAGGAGAAAAAGCCAUUUUUCUCACGUCGCCACAGAAAAAAGUGAGUUACCUGGUGUCCGUGCUAUGCUAUCGAAAUUCAUGCUCCAAGUAGAGCCCGAGAAUACCUUCCCACAAAGCUCGCAAAACUCGACUUGCUCUGCAGUCUCUCCAAAGACGUCAUCGAUCGAAAGCGCACCGCCUACGGAAACUUCUCCUAAACGCAGCUCUAGUAGUCAACGGGCUCGAAUGUUAUCUAAGCCCAAACCCCCUGGAUACAAGCAACAACCAAUCGUGGAAAUCUCGAUGCCGUAUAGCUCUGACGACGAGCAUAGCAUCGCAUCGAGCACCAUACCGGCCUGGCGGUACGAAGAUUUUACGAGGGAGACAGAGAGUCCUACAAUAGUUGAGUCUAUCAGCCAUAGUAACUCGAUUGCUUCACGGAAAGGGUCGUUUUCACGGUCUCUCUUCCACAGGAGGAAAAUAUCUGUCAUGUCACAUUGA